AGGCCUGGGUUCCUUCGAACCCACCCAGGCGUUGGGUUCUUUGCGAACCCAGGCGCUAGAUUCGCAAGGAACCCAGCAUGCCUGGGUUUGGUGGAACCCAGCACGCUUGGGUUUGGUUCCUUGCGAACCCAGGCGCUAGGUUCACUGGGUUCACGUCUGGUGCUGGGUUCGCUGGGUUCACGUCUGGUGCUAGGUUCGCUGGGUUCAUGUCUGGUGCUGGGUUCGCGUUUGGUGCUGGGCUAGCGUCUGGGUUCGGUUCCUUGCGAACCCAGGCGCUGGGUUUGCAAGGAACCCAAGCGUGCUGGGUUCGCUUUUGGAUGAAGAAGGCAUUACUGCAGGUGUUAGGUGUUGGGUUCGAUGCUGGGUUCGGUUUGUCAAUUUUGAAUGCUAGGUUUUUGCAGGUGUUGGGUUCAUUUGCAGGUGCUGGAUUCGAAAUCGAACUCAGCAGGCGUUGGGUUUGAGCAACUGCUGAGUUCCUGCAAGUGAGGCUCUGGGUUUCGUUUCGAACCCAGCAGCCGUUGGGUCAAAUAUCUAUUGAGUUUAAUAUGUUGAUUUGUUGUGUUAUCCUUGAAUUUAAUAUUAGGAAUUAGGGUUUGCAGAAGGUUAAAGGAAAGGGAGAGGAAGAAGAAAGGGAAAAAGGAAAAACAAAGGAAGAAAAAAAAAAAGAAUAAGAAAUUUUUUAAGAUUUU